UUUCCGCUUUGCCCCUCACUUCCGCCGAAGAUCUUUGCAUUAAGUCCAUCUCACCCAACUGCAAUCGGUGUUUCUCACUCGAGAAACGCUUGCCUCCUAACUCGAAAGAACGAGAUUCUUAGCACCAGGGAAAGGAGCAAACAAGACCAGAACGUCCCUGACCAGUUCGUGCUCCAUGCUUCCAGCUGCAACUCGCGACUCUGAAACUGACCAUACAUCCCCGUUGUGCUCCAACAACACCAAAACAGCCAUCAUAACCCUCCUCCGCACCUACCAAACAGCUCUGAAUGCCUCAUCCACCUCCUCAAUCCUCGAACUCUACACAUCGGACGGCGUCUGCAUGGCGCAACACUUCUCACAGCCGUGGAGCGGAGCCAUAAUCGCAGCCUACGACAAAGAUGGUCAACGGUGACCACGCUCUCGGUCGACUUCGACAUUAUCGAGAUCGUGGACAUGAGUGAGGAGUCUGCGUUCGCACGUACCGUUUCAGCAGGGCAGCCACAGCUAAAAUUUGGGUAUGAGAGUGCGGAAGCCAAUCAAAAGCUCUUUGUAUUGAGGACGGAGGAUUGGGGAUGGGAGAUUGCGAGGUAUUGCUUUUGCAGU